UCACGAGCCAUCAGCAGUGCCAUCCAGCACUUCCGAGUUCCGACUGAAAUGCUCUCUGGAACACCCAUUUACUGGUUUCUUUUUGAUAAUAUCGUAGAAAAAUAGUUUUUACAUAUUUUCCGACAAUGUGAACGGCUUCUAGGCCGUCCACUUGGCGGUUUGUACUUGAUUUGUGUGAAGACUAGUUCAACUUGUCCGUAAUCGAUUUUCGGAGCCUGCAGCAUUGAAUAAUUUGCAGCGCGUGCAACCAGUUCCCUGUAUAACACAGUCUGCGCUACGACUGUACGAGGAUUUCUGGUUGAUGAGCCGCGUUGUAGAUGGUGCGUCUGGCGGAAAUCUCAAUCGGACUGUGACAUCCCUGGAAGAACGUUUAUCCCUGAUUUCUCCGGCGUCGCACCGCGCAGUAAGGAAGCAGAAGGGACGGGAAUAAGUGCGAGCCAUGUGGAACGUGCGAAAUGUGUUGCGAAAUCUGUCCUACCGUCUCAAGACCUCGGCCAAUGGCUGUACGCACGGCACGAAGGAGGGACGGGAGCUGGAGGACGAGUACAAACAUCUGUGGGCGUCGGGAUUUCGAGCGGGAGACUGGCAUGCACGUCCGAGUGCGCAUUAUCCGCACCUCGCCGGUCCGCUGUCGUCGUGCGGCGGCCAGCAGAACGGCGCCGGUCGCAGUCAGGAACGCCGUUCGCAGCGCGAAUCCGACUGGGAUUCGCUAAAAUUCCCCUGACGGGACGCUGGAUCGAAGCGCUGGGAUGGGGCGCGGCGUUGGGAUUCGGGCUGAAUCUGCUGCACGUGCGGCAGGAGGAGGCCUGGCGACGGCGCUGUCCCCUGGAGCGGCUGACCGCCCUGGAGGGCCGGCUGCCGGCCUGGACGCGCGACCUCUACGCCUUCUCCAUGCCGCUGCACGCGCGCAGUCCCCUGAUCAAAUCCGUCCUGCCCCUGCCGGCCCCCCGCAGUUUCGAUACACUGGACGGGAGCAGUGACGAGUCCUUCAGCGACGCGGAUACCUCCGUCUAUUCAUUGACCGAAUCUUCCGAAGAUGCGGAUAACAAGCAGAUCCGCUACACCCCGGAGAGUGUAGCGUUGAUGCGCGUGAUGCGCGAACAGCUGACGAAUGUGGCGCGCGACUACGUCAGCGAGCUGCAGGCCUUGUUGGGGCGCGCGCAGGGCGCGGCGGCCAGCGAGGACAGCGCGCAGGAGGAGUACAAUCUGGGCUUGUUCUACGAACUGGGCAUCGGCGUCCCCCGCAACCCCGAAAAGGCCGUUGACCAUUAUAUGGAAGCCGCCGCUCUUAAUCACCCUGUGGCCGUUGAAAAUGUGAUGUUUCUGCACAAAUUCGCCACCGCGUCCGCACAGUUGGGCGUGCGGCGCGCCUCCUCCAGCCCGGCGCUGACCGCCCUGACGGACAGCCAGAGCGAUCUGGACAGUGAUUCAGAGGACGAAACGGGUCCGCCGCGAGCCGGCAAAUUCUGGCGCUCGGACACGGACAGCGGCGGCAGUUUCGACGCCAGCUCCCGCUCGCGCUCCCGCUCCAACUCGUUGCCCAUGGACGGCGGCAAGCCGUGGCUGCUGGGCGGGGCCGGCGCCCCGCCGGUCCGCGCCGUUGUGUAAUAUACGCACCCGUGAUAAUAAUCAUAUGCACCCUAAUAUUAUUUACCCUCUUGUUGCUCCUUCUCCAGUAUUUGUUGUAUGCUAUGGCUGGCAUAAUAUGCUGCAAUAUGUGCACGCCAAGUGUGCGUGUGUGCUUUGGAUUUUAACCGGGUAGCUUGUUGAAUUUUUGCCCUAAUGCUGCGUUUUAUUUGUUGUGUCGUUGGAUCUGACGAUGGAUAGGCUUUCUCCAUUACAUAUACAGUAACGGAUAUGUUUAGCAGCUGAUAUUAAUAAAUUUAUCGGUCGACUAUCGAA